UUCUUGUAAAAGGAAGUUAUUCAGUCACUCAGGGUAAGGAAGUUGAAUCCGUGCAGUGGCCUAAGUGGCCUAGAGACUGACCCUUCACCCCACCCCAAGACCCCUCUCUACCAUAAACCCCACUCCCAGAAGUUACUCCAUUCGUGUGAACUCGCAACUUCCAGAAGCCUCUCGCCCCAUCCAGCCUGAUGUCCUACAGCAAGAUAUGGCUCAAAGGUCGCCAAGCCUCCCUGGUGCCCACUGAGGCAUUAAAGAAAGUGAAACGCAUUGGACAAGGUGGGUUCGGCACAGUGUUCCUGGCGCGACAUGAGCAAUGGGGUCGUAAUGUGGCAGUCAAGAUCGUGAACUCGGAGGUGAUAUCCGGAGAGGUGAAGGUCAUGGCCAGUCUGAAUAGUGAGGACGUGCUGCCACUGCUGGGAGUCACUGAGCAGCUGGAGUGGGACUACGCGUCUGGACCAGCUCUGGUGACUCGAUUCAUGGAGAACGGUUCCCUGGCGGGGCUGCUGCAACUCCAAUGUCCUCUGCCCUGGCCACUUAUCUGCCGCCUGCUGCAGGAGAUUGUGCUUGGGAUGUGUUACCUGCACAGCCAGGAUCCUGUGCUUCUGCACCGGGACCUGAAGCCCUCCAACGUUCUACUGGACUCAGACCUGCACGCCAAGCUGGCAGAUUUUGGCCUGUCCACAUUUCUGGGAUGCCCACGGUCACGGGCAGGAUCUGAGGUAUCAGGGGGUACCCCAGCCUACUUGGCCCCAGAACUGUUGGCUGAUGUAAACCAGAAGGCUUCCAUGGCCAGUGAUGUCUACAGCUUUGGGGUGCUGAUGUGGGCAGUGCUCGCCGGAAGAGAAGCUGAGACAGUGAACAAGACAUCACUGGUGAAGAGUGCUGUGUGUGACAGGAAGAUCCGGCCACCACUGACAGAGCUGCCCCAGCCUGGCCCGGAAACUCCAGGCUUGGAAGGACUGGUGGAGUUAAUGCAGCGCUGCUGGAGCCAUGAACCCAAGGACAGGCCUUCCUUCCAAGAAUGUGGACAAUGCAUUGAGGAAAUCCUCCGCCUGGUACAAAGUGGAGAUGAAGAUGGUACGGAGAUGGAUGCUGCCGUCUCCACAGUAAAGAAGUUCCUGUCUACGCACAGGAACAGCAACAGGCAGUUGUCUGCCCCUGAAACAGAAAAUGAUGGCCUUGGGGGACCCACAGGAAGCCUUGAUUCCAUCUUGGCCUCUGACAUGCUGAACAAACUGAAUCUGCAAUGCUCCAGCUCUGCUCCCAAAAGAGGUGCGAACCUUCCUGAGAGGACUGAGGCACAGAAAGAGCAGGCUCAGCAUGCCUGGACGGCAGGCAUGUCUUCUGAUUCAACAGCCCAACCUCCUUCAACUCCAGAGACCUCAUCAUUCAAAAACCAGAAGCCAAACCCCACCUCAGCUUGGACGCCAGGUCUGGGACCCCAAGGAAAUCAGGGGCCUGAGAGAUGUGACGCCAACUGGCCUCCUAAGGAGCCAGGGCCAAAUCCAACACCAGGGCCAUCGCACGUUACCAUCCAUAACAGCAAGUGGGUGCAGAUCGGACACGACAACCACAUGAUAAUAUCAGGAAAAACUGCUUUCCCCACAAGGAACUGGCCACCUCAGGGUAUGGGUAGGGGCUGGCAGCAUGGCCCCCGCAAGUAGCUUUGAAAGAAGUGACGCAAGAACCUGAUGCCUGGACUGGGUCACAGAGCCAGUAUCAUAACAACAGGAAUUGAGGAAGCCUCUAAACUGCCUCCUGGACUUGAGGCAGCUAGCCCAGUCUUUCUCUGAGGGCCAUCAGGCCUGGCACUGGAACUGACUUUGUGGCCUCAGCAGUCAAUAAAGUGGUGGAAUUUUAA